CGCCGACAAUGAAGCUCCGCUGAAAACUGCUCAAAGUGUUUUGGAGUAAGGCUACUGGAGAAAAGCUUGAAUCCCUCUUUUUCCACAUUUUUUGGUCGAAAACUAUUCAUUGAGCAGAGAUGAUGUCUGACGCCAGCGAGAUGUUGGCAGCAGCCUUGGAGCAAAUGGAUGGGAUCAUAGCAGGCUCCAAGGCCAUGGACUACUCCAACGGGCUGUUUGACUGCCAGUCGCCCACUUCACCUUUCCUGGGUGGCCUUCGGGUGCUGCAUCUACUGGAGGACCUGCGGGCGGCGCUGGAGCUCAUGGACAACGAGGAGAAGGACAACCUGCGAUGUCAGAUACCGGAUUCAACGGCGGAAGGGGUUGCAGGGUGGCUGCAUGGACGAAUGCCUAAUGGCCAUGGCUCAGAAGCAGUUUACCAAGAACGUCUGUCACGACUGGAGAGUGACAAAGAAUGUCUUAUCCUUCAGGUAAGUGUUCUAACAGACCAGGUGGAGGUGCAAGGUGAAAAGAUUCGGGACCUAGACACUUGUCUUGAGCACCAUCGUGAGAAACUAAAUGCUACUGAGGAGCUGCUUCAACAGGAGCUGGUGAACCGGACGGCGCUGGAGACACAGAAGCUGGAGCUCAUGACGGAGGUGUCGAGCCUGAAGCUGAAGCUGACUUCUGUGGAGAGAGAUCACAAGGACAGUGAGGGCUUUUACCAAGAAGUAACGGACCUGCGGUUCAGGGUGACUGACAUGGAGAAUGAAAGACUGCAGUGUGAGAAGAAACUCAAAGCUACCAAAGAGGAGCUCGAGCUUCUGCAGCAGCAGCUGGAUGAGCGGGAGUUGGAGCUGAGGAGGCUGAAAGACGAGAGCAGACUGAGGGUGGAGAACCUCAACAGAGCUGACGGGGGAGAGAGAGAUGCAGAAAUGUUGAAGAUGAAGAUGGUGUUGCAGUCGCUGACGUCAGUCAACGAUGAGAAGGAGCGAAGGAUAAAAGAGCUGGAGGAGUCACUCACUAAAUGCAAGAAAGUGCAGGAGCUGGUCAAAGACAAGUUGAAGGAAGACGACUAUGACGAUAUCCCCGAUGAUCCUUCACUUCCUGUAGCCAUGGAGGUGGAUCAGGUCACUCUGGUGUUGGAAGGGGAGGCAGGAAGGAGCUCUGGCGAGUCUAUUCCGUGUAUAGCGGUGCUGUCUGAAAUGAAUGAACUGGACAGAGAACGACAAUUACAGGCGGCAGAAAGUUCCCCAGACCUCCCACAGCCAAGCAGCACUGACCAGACUAAAGAUAAAACAAGAACUGGUUCCUCCUCGUCGAGUAAAAUAAACGCCACGAGCGAUGAAAAUUUUGGUACCAAGAAAGCCCGCGCCUCCUUCGGUCGUGGCUUCUUCAAGCUGCGUGGAGGCAAACAGACGGCCAGCGCUCCAAAUCUGGCUGAGACAGAACGUAAAGGAACAGAACAUCUGGACUUGGCUGGUGCUCCUUCACGGAAAUCUCAAGAUGGAGCUCCUCUGCCCUCCUCACCCGAAACCAAAAAGAAGUCCAAAGGCUUUAAGAAAUUCUUCGGCAGGUUAAAGAGGAGUCACUCCACCUCCUUCAACCUGGACGAUGCUGCAGAGAUGGAGUUCAGGAGGGGCGGAGUCAGAGCCACUGCCGGCCCUCGUCUCGGCUGGUCACGAGAAAUAAAACACAAUGCUGUCGAUGUUCCUCUCUCACGGUGGAAUAAGGAGGAAGUGUGUGACUGGCUGCAUGAACAAGGCCUCGGGUUAUAUGUCGGCCAAGGCCAGAGCUGGAUCAAAUCUGGACAAACACUACUGCAGGCUUCACAACACGAUCUGGAGAAGGAGCUGGGCAUGAAGCAGCCUCUCCACAGGAAGAAGCUCCAGCUGGCUCUGCAGGCCCUCGGGUCAGAGGAAGAGGAUCUGAAGGGCAAACUGGACCACAACUGGGUUACCAGAUGGCUGGAUGACAUCGGCCUCCCGCAGUAUAAAAAUCACUUUGAUGAAGGUCGGGUAGAUGGACGGAUGCUGCACUACAUGACAGUGGAGGACCUGCUGUCUAUGAAGGUGGGCAGCGUUCUCCAUCACCUCAGCAUCAAGAGGGCCAUUCAGGUCCUCCGCCUCAACUCCUACGAACCCAGCUGUCUCAGGAGACGACCGUCUGAUGAGAACAACAUCACACCAGCAGAGAUCUCCCAGUGGACGAACCACAGAGUGAUGGAGUGGCUCCGCUCCGUGGAUCUGGCAGAAUAUGCCCCGAAUCUGAGAGGCAGCGGCGUUCAUGGAGGGCUGAUGGUGUUGGAGCCUCGCUUCAACGUGGAGUCGCUCGCCCUUCUGCUCAACAUCCCUCCCAACAAAACCCUGCUGAGACGCCACCUGGCUACACAUUUCCACCUGCUCAUCGGCUCUGAGGCCCAGCGGCUCAAACAGGAGUGUCUGGAAAACCCAGACUACACCGUCCUCACCGCCACCGCCAAGGUCAAGCCGAGACGACUGUCAUUCGGCGGCUUCAGCAGUCUCAGGAAAAAGCGUCACGAUGACGGCGAGGAGUAUGUCUGCCCCUUGAACGUGGAAAUGCCCAAAAGCAGCAGCUUCCAGAGAGGCGGCGUACGGAUCUACGAGGAACCCUUCGAGCACCUUGAACAGAUGGAAGACUCUGAAGGGACUGUGAGACAGAUAGGAGCGUUUUCUGAGGGAAUCAACAAUCUGACGAGCAUGCUGAAGGAAGAUGAGCUGUUCCAGGAGGUCUCCGUCAGUCCUCCAGAGGUCCACAUUGCAGUAACCGACACCAACUCCCAGCAUCUGAUUUGAGACGCCGAGCUCUGAGUCACCGUGCUCAGUUUAAAACAACCUAAACUGUGCCAAUCCCUCCACCUCCCACCAACCUUUACAGUAAACAUGUGAGACCUCUGCUUUUACAGUAUUCUCAUCAUUAAGCACAACCAUAGCCCGAACAUACAUAUUUAUUGAAGCCAAACUAUAAUGCAUGACCUGAAAAUGCGAGAUUUUAUUGCGUCAAUGUACCUCUUUCUCUUUCUGCAUUUAUUUUAUUAUUCAACGCUUACUUUUGUGUUUGUUCUUUCUCUCCUUUUUAUUUUAAGGACUUAUCCUCAGCUGUAUUACUCGUCUUUUGAGUGUAGCACUGAACAGUUUUCAUGUCCACGGCUGAAGCCAGAUUCAAUUUUUUUCCAUUUUGUGGUACGUUCAUUUGCUUCAAAUUAUUGUAAAGGGUGAGUUCACUGAAAUAACAGGAAAAAUGUACUCACUUUCUCUUGUUCUAUUUAGCCAUGCAGAUCAUUUUAAUGAGCUUGUCUGUGUUUUAAGGGUUUAUCCAGCUCCGUGUGAGGUUUCUGAUACAAUGGAGAUGAAUGAAAUGUGCAUGUGUGGUGCUUGUAGUUUUGGUAAAUCACAGGAACACAUGGUGUGCCUUCUGCAGAGUAUUCAGAGUAACUCUAACACUGUUCCUGAAAAGGGAGAUU